UGCAUCAAUAGAAGGUAGCCUCUGAUUUGGCACCGUUGUUAUACGCAGAAUAAAAUGGAAGAUUCCAGCUGUGAACAUUCUACUAGAGAACUGUGUGCUGGGUAUCCUGGGAAGGAGAUGGACUGUACAGAACACCCUGGGAAGGAGAUGGACUGUACAGAGCACUCUGGGAAGGAGAUGAACCAUUCUGGGAAGGAGAUAUAUCCUAAUGGACACUCUGGAAAGAAGAUUGACAGCGGGGAGACCCAGACAACAGACGUGGGCCUGCAGCAGGAAACGUGUGAUGUGAACUUUCCCCAACCUGACAAAAAAACAACAUCACAGGUACAGGAGAGCAGAAGCAAUGUGGGAAGGCAUGUGGUAAAACACACCGUUGAGAAACCCUACAUGUGUGGGGAGUGUGGGUACAGGACGGCUAAACGGUCUAACUUAUCCCGACAUACGAGAACCCAUACAGGCGAGAAACCGUACAAGUGUGACCAGUGUGACUUUACUGCAGCACGGAAAUCCAAUUUGGACCUACACCAAAGAAAACACACCGGUGAGAACACCUACAUGUGUGGGGAGUGUGGGUACAGGACAGCUUUUAAGGGUGCAUUAUCCAGACAUAUGAGAACCCACACAGGAGAAAAACCCCACAAGUGUGAUCAGUGCGACUAUUCUGCAAUACAGAAAUCCGACUUGGACAAUCAUCUAGCAACACACACUGGUGAGAAACCUUACAUGUGUGAGGAGUGUGGGUACAGGGCUGCUAGAAAGUCUAACUUAUUCCAACACAUGAAAGCACACACAGGAGAAAAACCCUACAAGUGCGACCAGUGUGACUAUUCUGCUACACAGAAAUCCAAACUGGUACAGGAGAGCAGAGGCAGUAUGGGAAGGCAUAUGGUUAAACACAUGGGUGAGAAACCCUACAUGUGUGGGGAGUCAGACUACACCACUUUGAACAAUCAUCAAAAAAAGCACACUGGUGAGAAACCCUACAUGUGUGGGGAGUGUGGUUUUAGAACAACUCGAAAGUCUAUAUUGUCGGCACAUAAAGAUACCUUGGACGCCCAUGUAGCAACCCACACUGGUGAGAAACCCUACACGUGUGAAGAGUGCGGGCACAAUUAG